AUGACUUGUGAGAAAGAUGCCAAGAUGAGUGUUGAGAACUUCACCUCUGGAACAGGGUUUAUUCUCUUGGGACUCACCCAUCAGCGGAAGGAACAGAUUUUGCUCUUUAUGGUCUUCCUCAUCAUCUACUUGCUUACAGUUUUGGGUAACCUGCUGAUCAUCAUACUGGUACGCAUUGAUGCCCAACUGCGCACGCCUAUGUACUUCUUUCUCAGCCAUCUUGCAGGCUUGGAGAUUGUGUAUGUCACUGGCAGUUUGCCUCAGACAUUAGCCUUUCUCUUGGAUGGAAAUAGAGUGCUUUCUUCAACCCGUUGCAUCCUGCAGGGUUCCACUGGAUUGAGCACGGGCAGUACCGAAUGUUUGCUGUUGGGUGUCAUGGCUUAUGAUCGCUAUUUGGCCAUCUGCAAGCCCUUGAAAUAUGCUUCCGCCAUGGACAAGACACAUCAAUUACUGCUUGCCACCUCCUGUUGGACCAUAGGUUUUCUCUUCUCAGUUGUAUACGUUGCUUUCCUCUUUCACCAUCCGUUCUGUGGCCUCAAUUACAUUAAUCACUUCAUUUGUGAACUGCCUGUUGUGCUAAAACUUGCAUGUGAUGAUACAAAGCUCACUGAAGCCAUACUUUAUGGUCUAUCAGCAUUUAUUGUUCUAGUUCCCUUUUCGGUUAUUUUAUGUUCCUAUAGUUGCAUCCUAUAUUCCAUUUUUCAAAUGCAGUCAGCUGCAGGAUGGCAUAAGGCUUUCUCCACCUGUGGUUCCCACCUUACUGUGGUCACCUUGUUCUAUGGCACCGUCAUUUCUAUGUAUAUUAUUCCCCAAUCCAACUCAUUUCCUGAUCGGGACAAACAAAUUGCAGUCUUGUACGUUGCGGUGACCCCUCUGCUUAACCCCAUCAUUUAUACCUUGCGGAACAGGGAUGUCCACCGGGCUGUGGGCAAACUGUUGAGAAGAAAGUCCUUCAAAAGAAAUGACAAACAUCCUAGUCUUGUGGAAUUGGUCUGCAUUUACCUAAAGUCUUGUAGUUUAUAA